GUGAAGACGUGGAGCAUGGACGGCCCAAUUCAAUUCAACUCCCCAACCAACUUCUAUUGACCUUCGCCGACCAUCAGCCGGAUCAAAUCAUCGUGCACCUUCCUUCCUCCGCCUGCCCCGUUGCCGGCGACCACCGAUCUCACCGUUUCGAAUAGAAUUGAUGGACGGCGUACCGGCCGCAGCGGCGCUGAAGGCGGUGACUCUGACCCACGUCCGUUACCGUCGGGGUGAUUCCUUAGGUUACGUCCUGGCGUGGGUCUCUCUCAUCCCGGUCUUCAUCAGCCUCGGCGGAUUCGUCUCCAACUUCAUCUUCCGACGGGAGCUUCAGGGCGUCUUCUUCGCCUUCGGCCUCCUUCUCUCCCAGGUACUCAACGAACUCACCAAGUCCUCUAUCCAGCAGUCGCGCCCCUCCGCGAUGUGCGCUGUUCUCGAGGUAUGCGACUCCCACGGAUGGCCCUCUAGUCACUCCCAGUACAUGUUUUUCUUCGCCUCCUACUUCACGCUCCUCUGCCUCCUCAACGGGGCCGGCGUCUCCUCUCCCCGCUCGAGGCAUCUCCUCGCUCUUCUUCCCUGGCCUGCGGCCUUCCUCACCCUUUACUCCCGCGUGUACCUAGGGUACCACACCGUUGCCCAGGUAAUCGCUGGAGCGACGCUUGGAAUGGUACUCGGAGCUGCGUGGUUCUGGAUAGUAAACACGAUGCUCGUGUAUUACUUUCCGGCAAUUGAAGAGAGCGCGAUUGGGAGGUUCCUCUACAUCAAGGAUUCCUCACACAUCCCCGACGUGCUCAAAUUCGAGUAUGACAAUGCAAGGGCUGCAAGGAAGAAAUUGGCCAUAGAUUGAAAUUGGAUCUCUGUUUAUUGUUUUUGCAAUAUAUAGGUUGACUUAAACUCAACAAACAGAAGCACACAAGAAACGGAAUGUCCAAAGGCACAUUGGGAUCUUAAAAGAUUAUCUUGUUCCUGCUCUUCUUGCUUCUGCUAAUUGUAUUGUGUGACCUGAUGAUGGCUUUAAGACAAGUGAAUCGGGUUUUCCUAUAUUUAUUAUGAUAUUGUCCUCCACUUAAUGGCGACUUCAUUUGAAAUUUGACAAGGGAUAAUUGGUAUUUGAAAUAUGGCAUUGAUAUUUCACUUAGAUAUCCUUGACUAUAUAAGUUAGCAAAUAAUUCUCAUUGUGAAAAUUAGAAAAUCAUAUAACAGCCAUGUCCAGCAUAAGUUGGAUAGGUAUUUUCUUCGGGACUAAUUUUGGAUGGCUAAAUUCACUCGACACCUUGGAUGAUCUGCUCAAUUGGAUGGCUAGACCAUUUGCCUCUUCAUUCAACCUCCUUUUGUUCGCUUGUUCUUUAAUUUUCAAUUGAAUACUAAUCUUUCAAGGUGUUUUUUUUCUAUGUUUGCAGAACUCACCGUGAAGCCUGCACUUCGUAUUUCGAACAUAUGAUUAUUUA